UGGAUUGCGAUUUAAAGUUUGAUGUGUGCAGAAACGUUGUGGCACAACAGAAUCAGGAAGUACAUGAACUGCAGACAAACUGAAAGCCGAAGAGCAAAAAGAGUGAAAUUCUGAGUGAUGGCAGAAUUUUCAUCAGCAGCACAAAAUCCAACCGAGACGAGAAGGAGGAGUCUGGAUGCACCUCCAUUAUCUCUGUCAAAUGAGCUCCAGUGUUCGAUCUGUCUGGAUGUGUUCACUGAUCCAGUCAGCGCUCCAUGUGGACACAACUUCUGUAAGAGCUGCCUGAACCAGUGCUGGAACAACAGUCAGACCUACAACUGUCCAUUAUGUAAAGAAACAUUCAGUAAAAGACCCGACCUCAAGAUCAACACAGCACUCAGACAGGUUGUGCAGCACUUUAAGGAAAAGUCUGGUCUGAGUAAAUCGGAGGUUCUCUGUGACUUCUGUGAUGACAUAAAGAUGAAAGCGCUGAAGAUGUGCCUGGUGUGUCAGAGCUCUUACUGUGAAACUCACCUGGAGCCUCAUCACAGAGUCGCACAUUUAAAGAAACACAAACUGAUCGAUCCCGGGGCGAAUCUUGAGGACUAUAUCUGUCAGAAACAUGAGAAACCUCUGGAGCUGUUCUGUAGAGAUGAUCAGACGUGUGUGUGUUUGCUCUGCGCAAUGAAAGACCACAAGAAUCACAACACUGUUGCUGUGGAGGAGGAGAGCGGAGAGAGGAAGCCUCAGCUGAUGAAGAUGCAGACAGAAGUGCGGCAGAUGAUCCAGAACAGAAUGAAGAGAAUUCAAGACAUCAGACACUUAAAAGAAGAAAAAAAUGAAUCAUCAGAAAAAGAGAAAGCAGACAGUACUGAGCUCUUCUCUGAUCUGAUGCGCUCCAUUGAGAGAUGUCAGUCUGAGCUGCUGGAGAUGAUGGAGCAGAAGCAGAAAGCAGCAGAGAAGCAGGCUGAAGAGCUGAUUAAAGAGCUGGAGCAGGAGAUCACUGAGCUAAAGAGGAGAGACACUGAGCUGGAGCAGCUCUCACACACUGAGGAUCACCUGCACCUCUUACAGAUUUACCCAUCGCUAAUCAGACCUCCAUGCACCAGCAGCUGCGCUGAGAUCAGUAUUAGUGACACUCAGCUGAGUGUGGAGCCUCUGAGGAAAGCACUGAUUCAGCUGCAGGAGACUCUAGACGAGAAACUCCGCAAGUCUGUCCAGAAGACAAUGCAGCAUGCAGGUACAAGUGUCAGUGACGUUGAGAGUGUUCAUAAGACAAUGCAACUAUAUGGAGCUAUGUCGUUUGUCUCCCCAGUUGAGAAGACAAUGCAGAAAUAUGCAGUGGAUGUGACUCUGGAUCCUGAUACUGCUCAUCCAAAUCUCAUUCUGUUUGAUCAUGGAAAACAAGUGAGAUAUGGAGAUAUUAAACUCAAACUCACAGACAACCCAAAGAGGUUUGAUUAUUGUCCCUGUGUCCUGGCAAAAGAGGGAUUCAGCUCAGGGAGGUUUUAUUUUGAGGUGCAGGUAAAAGGAAAGACUGAUUGGGAUUUAGGAGUGGCCAGAGAAUCCAUUAACAGGAAGGGAAUUAUCACCGCAAUCCCAGAAGCUGGAUACUGGAUUGUAAUACUGAGGAAUGAGAAUCAGUAUCUGGCUUGUGCAUCUCCCCCUUUUCCCCUCUUUCCAAAAGUGAAGCCUCAGGUAGUGGGUGUGUUUGUGAAUUAUGAGGAGGGUCUGAUCUCCUUUCAUGAUGUGGAGUCCAGGUCUCUCAUUCAUUCUUUCACUGGUCAGUCUUUCACUGAGAAACUCUUCCCAUACUUUAGCCCUUAUGAUAAUAAAGGUAGAAAUGAAGCACCACUGGUAAUUGGGUACAAUAAAUGAAUAUACACCACAAAUAUGAAAAUAAGAUUUAGGACUACAGUAUGAAUACUUUCUGUUUUGAAAUGAUGCAUUAUGUCAUCACAUUUUUGCCUAUAGCAUUUGUUUUUCAGCUUUGA